AUGCUGCGGCCGGCGUUUCCACCGCCCUCGAUAGCAAAGCUCGGCAAUCCGUUGAUCCUCUGGGAGACGCUCAUCAUUCUGGCGUUGAUUUUGGCCAACGGCUUUUUUGCCGCGGCCGAAAUCGCCAUCAUCGUGGCUCGCCACGGACGACUGAAGCAACGUGCUGACGCGGGUGAUCACGCUGCCAAGGUCGCGCUGAAGCUGGCAAAAGAUUCAAACCGUUUUUUACCCACGGUACAGAUCGGCAUCACGCUAGUCGCUACCGUUGCGGCGGCCUUUGGUGGUGCGAGAACGGCGCUCCAUCUUUCCGAUUGGCUCAAGACUUCUCGCUGGCCGUUGGUGGUGGAGCACAGCGACGGCAUCGCGCUGACGAUCGUGGUGGUGGCGAUCACCUUUCUUUCAGUGCUGCUGGGCGAGUUGGUGCCUAAGCGGUUGGCACUGAAGUACGCCGGAGGGAUCGCCCGCAGUGUGGCGAUCCCGCUGGAUGCUCUGGCCCGAAUCACCUACCCUGUCGUGUGGUUCAUGGGCGUGAGCACGAACCUGGUGCUGCGGCUGCUGGGCGUGGGGCCGGAAGUUCGAUCGCGGAUGGACCUGGAAGACCUCGAGCGGGCAAUUAAGGCCGGCAAGGACGAAGGUCUGCUCGAUCCGGCCGAACAACGUUUGGCGCAGCGUUCAUUAAGGUUCGGCGAUCGGAUCGUUCGCGACAUCAUGCAGCCUCGGCUGGAGAUCGACGCGCUGGAUGUGAACACCCCGGCCGAAGAAAUCCCGGGAGCAACCGCCUUAGCAGGUUAUUCACGGCUGCCGGUUUACGAAGGGUCGCUGGAUCAGAUCAUUGGGUACGUGCACAUCAAAGACGUCCUGCACCACGUCUAUCUGGGCGUGCCGAUCGAUUUGCGGAGAUCCGCUCGUCCGGUGCUGCACAUCCCCGAGACGUUACCACUGAAUCGGUUGCUGCUGCAGUUUCAAGAUAGCCAUACGCCGAUGGCCGUGGUGCUGGACGAGUUCGGCGGUACCGAGGGGCUGGUGACCGUCGAAGACAUGAUGGAAGAAGUCGUGGGCGUGAUGCGUGACGAACACAGUCGCGACGACGACUACCAUAUUGAGCCACAGGGCGACGGGGUGUGGCUGGUCGACGGGACGGCGAAGAUCAACGAUCUGCUCGACGCCUUGGCCGUUCACGAUCCGGCGGCGCUGGAGUCGCGGCCGUUCUCCACGGUGGCAGGGUUGGUGCACAACCAACUGCAGCGUAUUCCACGCGUUGGCGAUCAACUCACCUGGCACUCGCUGGGACUGGAGAUCAUCGACAUGAAGGGGCCUCGCAUCGUGAGGCUAAGGGUCUCACUCCCCCCCCGACCGUAG